AGAUUAGAUCAGAGCAAGAGAAUUUUACUUUUCUUUAUUGAAAUAUUAAUAUUAUAGGAAAAAAAUUUGUGUUUACAGAAAAAUUAAUUUUGUUUUCAAUUGUAAUUAUUUAUGGAAGUCAUACCAGAGAACGUAGAAUACAGAGAAGGUCCAACUACGAUAUAUAUAAUGAUAUACGUUCUCUGGUCAUACUGUUGUUUUACGAAUUGUCAGCACUUGUCUCUUGAUUUUGGAACGUAUCCGCCAUUUUAAUUCCAAUAAUUUAGAUAUGACAGCAAUUUUUAUCGCAGCAGGAAAAAUGUCGGAACAUUCAGAUGAGGUCAGUCAAGUUGCAAAAGAUGGUGAGAUCGAUGGACCAAGAAUAAAUAAUUUUGCCCAAAAAUUUUUGGAUGAAUUAAAUGAGGAACGGGAUAGACUGAGCAAUGAGUUUCCAUUGUGUGCGCUGCUCAUAGAAGAAGCUAUUGAAAGAGUGUGCACUACAGGGCGAAUUCCUGGCAGAGAAUAUUAUGCUGAUGUUUACAAACAGAAGCCUAUCAAAUUGGUUCAAAAAGUAUUUGUCCCAAUAAAACAAUACCCAAAGUUCAACUUUACUGGAAAAAUAUUAGGCCCUAAAGGCAAUUCACUUCGUCGUCUGCAAGAAGAGACCCAGUGUCGCAUUGUCAUCAAGGGAAGGAAUUCCAUCCGCGAUCGUGCUAAGGAAGAGGAAAUGCGUAAUUCAGGUGAUCCACGACAUUCUCAUUUAAGUAAAGAUUUAUUUGUUGAGAUUAGCACCGUCGCAACACCUGCAGAAGCUUACGCUCGUGUGGCAUACGCACUGGCUGAAAUACGAAAAUAUCUAGUUCCUGACAAAAAUGACGACGUUGCGCAAGAACAACUUCGCGAACUUAUGGAAAUCGAUCCCAAAUCCGCAAAGCAGUUUUCUAAAUCAAUAUUUGAAAACAAAAUAGUAUCCAGUGGUCCAUCCAAGUAUUUGAAUUUUGUCAAGCAAUAUGCAUAUCAAAUUGAUGCAUCUAAAGAAGAGGAAUCAGAUGAGGAGAUUUAUGAAACUCGCAUUCCUAAGCGCACAAUCGUUCCGGCUUAUGAAUAUACCCGAGCAAAAAUUGUCCCAACAACUUUGCCCUAUAAACGUCCACCAACUGCCUCUAUAUACGGAACUCAAAUGAAACGUUUCCGAGAAGCUCCAGUUAGACCAGCAAUAAGACCCGUUGCACAUGGAGUAUUAAAGAGAUAUAAAUAAAUAACAGUAUAACAAGUUUUCAUUUAAAUAAAUAUACAGAAUAAUUAAUAACACUUAACUUAUCAUAGGUCAUCAAAAAGAAUCGUAAUAAUAUAUAAAAUAAAAAUUUUAAAUAUAUGGCAAAACUGUAAGUAAGUAGAUUAGAUCUGGUUGCGGUUGAUGCGCCAUAUUUCAAAUCUGUAAAAGGAAUAUAAAAAAAUACUAUUUACGCAUAUCCAAAGUGCACAGAAAUUAUUGUUCAAUUGUAAAACAAUAAUAAAUAAAUUAAAUAUUGUCCAAUAAAAUAAAA